UCUCUGGUUUCCUCUCUCUCAUCUCAAGUCUCCUGCCUCUCCCCCAGCCCCCCACGACAGCCAAGAAAGAUGUGUGACAUCAACAUCGACAACUUCUUCCAGAAGCUUCCGGAGAUGAGAGAGGCGAUCUUCCAGGCUGACUUCAUUGCUAUCGACACGGAGCUGAGUGGGCUGGACGCGGGGCCCCUCUCGCGCUUCAGUCUGUUCGACUCCCCACGAGACCACUACGCCCGGAGGAGGGAGAGCGCCCAAGUCUACUCCAUCGUGCAGCUUGGAUUGUCGGCCUUCAAACAGGACAAUGAGGUGGAAGGCAGGUUCAGUGUGCGCACGUACAAUGUGUACCUGUGCCCUGCUGCGGUUCUGGGCUCCGGUUCGAGCAUCACCUGGGAACUCCCGGCGAUCAUCUUCCUGCGCAGACACGGCUUGGAUAUCGCCCAGGUGGUGAGGGAGGGAGUCCCGUAUCUCAACUGGGAGCAGGAGAAGUCCCUGGCUCGGGAAGUGGAGUCCAACCCCACGGCACUGCUCUCGCUGGAGUGGGGCGAGCCGGUGUGGGAUGCCGUCACCUCUUGGCUGUCAGAAGCCAAACCCGGAGACUCCACUGUGCUCACCGAGACCGGGCUCCUGACACCCGGCCCCUCUACUCGCCUCCUGCACUGGGUUCUCCGUUCCACGUUCCCCUCCAUCUGGACCUCGGAGAAAGAUGGCCAGCUGCUGCUCAUGAGGGUCACUCCGUCGGGCCGGGAGCAGCAGGAAGCUUCCACGCCCGGUGACCUUUGCCCCCUCGGCCUGAUGCGAAGCAUGCUGGGAGUCACCUCUGUGAUUCGCUACCUGGUGGAGGCACAGAAGCCUCUGGUUGGUCACAGCAUGUACCUGGAUCUCCUUCACGUCUUCCAGAGCUUCAUUGCCCCAUUGCCAGAGUCCUACGGGAAUUUCAAGCGCUCGCUGAGCGAGCUCUUCCCCUCCGUGUACGACACCAAGCACAUGGCCCUGGCCUCCGAGAAGAUGCUGCAGAGGAAUGAUGUGUGUCAUAUGGACACGCUGGAGAACCUUUACAUGGCAUUCAAGAGGGUGAUGCCCUGGAAGCUCUACGCUCCUUCCAUGCUUCACGCUCCGGGGUUUGAGAAAUACAUGGAAGGAGGGAAGCCGCACGAGGCUGGGUACGACGCCUUCAUGACCGGCUCCGUGUUCCUCAUGAUGACCUACUUAUCAGUGAUGGAAGGCCUCUGCGGCCGUCUCCAGGCGAGGCCUCAGAUGAGCGACUACCUGUGGGCCGCGCAGCCAUUUGUAAACCGCGUCCACAUGAUGCGCUCCUACACGGCCUACAUGAAUCUGGCUGGCGCUGAUCCGGCGGCGCGGUCCUCGGUGAUGUUGGUGGUGAGCGAGAGACGCGGUGGUGGCGGCGCUGGCGGAGUCUGUGCGCGCGUCACUGCGGCCGUUCGCUCCCGCAGCUGCUGCGACGUGCGUCCGCUGGGACCGCGUCGGGCGCUCGUCUGCCUCACGGGACUGCGUGGGAUGCAGGAUGUGAGGUCGAGGCUGCUGGACACCGGGAAGUUCCACGUGCGACUUUACAGACCCUGGAUGGACUCCAGACUCGCGUCCACCCUCUUCUGGGGCAGUGGAUUGAUGAUGGCCAUGUCUCUCUUCUUGUGGCUCGUGCCCAGUUCCAGCAAGAAUCAGUGACUCCACCACCACCAACUCCAUCUCCACCACCACCUCCACCAACUACCACCAACUCCAUCUCCACCGCCACCUCCACCAACUACCACCAACUCCAUCUCCACCACCUCCUCCUCUAUCUCCACCACCGCCACCUCCUCCACCGCCAACUCCACGACCACCAUCACCUGGUCCACCAUUUCUCCCUCCUCCACUUGCUCCUGCAUCUCCCCCCUCCACC